AUGUCGCGCUCAGAAAAACUGCUUGAAUUAGCGGCACGAAAAUUUAAAGAAAGUAAUGCUUUGGAAUUAGAGAGGUCCGCUCAAAAUGAUUAUAGUUCUCCUGGUCCCUCAGGUGUUACGCGUACUGUGAAACAAAUGAAUGAUGGCGGUAGUGAUUCUGACUUAGAAUGGGAAGACUUUGAUUGUGAUGACUCUGUGAAAGACAGAACUUAUCAAUGUGAUUCAAAUGAUGAGGGUAGUGGUGAAAGUAACGCAGAACGAGUCCUUGUCAUAGACGAAUCCAUGGUUCCGUUUAGAGGACGGUUGAGUUUUCGGCAGUAUGUACCGAAUAAAACACAUAGAUAUGGGGUCAAACUUUAUAAGCUAUGUACAAGUUCUGGGUACACUUACAACCUAAAGGUUUACACUGGUAAAGGCGAUACACAACCUGAGCUGGGACAUGCACAAUCUAUUGUAUUGAAAUUGUUGGAAGAUGUGAAUAAAAAAAAAGGACGAAUAUUAUAUCGCUCCGUUGAUAGAAAAGUGACAUAA